UUUACAAUUUUAAAAAAAGAACACUGUCGAAGAGAUACGACGAACUUGUAUCUCCAUAGUACGUGCACAUUUUCCUUGUGAAAAAAUUGGAUCAGUUUUCAAUCGACAAGCUUAAGAAAAAUACCAAUAAAAAAAAAAAAUGCUUCCACCAACAUACGUCGAGGGUUUCCAUGACUUGGAAGCCGUUAAGAAGAUGGAAUACAGACCCCUUGGAAACACGGGACUGUUAGUCAGCAAACUAUCCUUCGGUGGUGGUGCACUCGGUUGUCAUUACGGUAAAUACGAUGAAGAAGAUGCUAUAGCAGCGGUGAGAGAAGCUUUUAGGAACGGCGUAAACUACAUCGACACUGCACCUUGGUAUGGUCAGGGUCAGUCUGAGAGAGUGAUUGGCAAGGCUCUCAAAGGAAUUCCGCGGCAAGCUUAUUACGUGGCAACCAAAGUCGGAAGAUACGAACUAGACGUUGAGAAAAUGUUCGACUUCUCUAUUGAGAAAACCAGGAAGAGUUUUCACAAAAGCCUAGAGCUUCUCGGGGUGGAUUACGUUGACGUGAUUCAAGUACACGACAUUGAGUUCGCACCGUCGCUGGACAUCGUUCUGACGCAAACUUUGCCCGAACUUUCUAGACAAGUAGCGGACGGAAAGGCGAAAUUCAUCGGGAUUAGCGGAUACCCAGUUUCGAUCCUGAAGGAAUGCAUUGAGAAAAGCAACAUCAAAAUACAGUGCAUAUUGAGCUAUGCGCGACUGACUUUAAUCGACGAUACUCUUCUAAGUUACAUACCCUUCCUCAAGGAACGCAAUAUCGGAAUAAUUAAUGCCGCCGCUCCAGCCUUGGGUUUAUUGACAAGCCAAGGCCCACCCGAUUGGCACCCAGCUUCAGAGGAUCUCAAGAAAAUCUGCUCAGAGGCUGCACAAUAUUGCAAAGAAAACAACGUCGAAUUGGGUAAACUCGCAGUCUGGCAUUCUAUGCAGUACGAGGAUGUAACCACGAACUUAAUCGGCAUGCAAAGUUUAAAACUUGUGCACUCGAACCUUGAUGUUAUGAUAAACGGUAUCACGGAAAAUGAAAAACAGAUUUUAUCUGCGACAAAGGAUAAAUACCUUUCAAAAUUAAAAGAGAAGCAUUGGGAAGGAUUUGAAUUAGAAAAUUACUGGAAGGCGAUGAAGAAGUAGAAAAAUAUAUUGCUUCAAGUACGGGCACGUUGGUUAUCGACACGUAAAGGCCCUGUAUACAAGACUGGUAAUGCGAAAUCAUUAAUGUCGGCCUUAAACUAUGCAUUUCUAAAUCACAGAAUAUACAUUAUUAUUACGUAUGAAAGUGUAAAAAUGUAACUAUCAGCCUUAGUCGCCAAUAACUGAGACGGUUUCCUCACAAGAUCAAAGCGGUUGAAAAUCGUAAGAAUAUUGCGAUCAUAAAUCUAGCUGUAAUAAUAGCUCU